GCUUCAGUUGUGGAGUUUUGGUUUUAUUUCAGUAUAGAUUUUCACUUUUGGUGUGGUUGAUCAGUUCAUCAAAUCAGCCAAAUGAUGUCGGAUUCGAUUCCUUGGAGUUUCAGAGGAUUAACUCAAGAACCAAACCCAAACCCUAACCCUACUGUUAAUAAUCCAGCGAAGAAGAGACGAAAUUUGCCAGGGACACCAGAUCCUGAUGCUGAAGUGAUUGCUUUAUCUCCAAAGUCUCUCAUGGCGACCAACAGAUUCCUGUGUGAAAUCUGCAACAAGGGUUUCCAAAGGGACCAGAACUUACAGCUCCAUAGGAGAGGACACAAUCUGCCAUGGAAGCUCAAGAAAAGAACCAACAAAGAAGUUAGAAAGAAAGUUUACAUCUGCCCCGAGAAGACCUGCGUCCACCACGACCUGUCGAGAGCACUAGGAGACCUCACUGGUAUAAAGAAACACUUUAGCCGUAAACAUGGUGAAAAGAAAUGGAAGUGCGAGAAAUGUUCCAAGAAAUAUGCAGUUCUGUCCGAUUGGAAAGCUCAUAGUAAGAUCUGUGGCACUCGAGAGUAUCGAUGUGAUUGUGGAACCCUCUUUUCCAGGAAGGAUAGUUUCAUCACUCAUAGAGCUUUCUGCGAUGCAUUAGCUGAAGAAAGUGCAAGAUUUAGAAAUGAUUUGACAAAUAUUGGGGCCAAUAACUAUGAAUUAUCAGGCUUUAAGCCUAAGUUUGCUGCUAGUUCCGAUAAUCUGGAUUCCAAUAGGCAAAAGCCAAUCGGUAUUAUUCAAAGCAAUGGCAAUGCUUUCUUUGCACCAAAACCUACAAGCUUACCUGAAAUGGUUGCACCAAUGAGCAUUUUCGGUUCAUUUUCACAAACACAAAGGCUCAGCCAGCAGUACCCUCCACAAACAUCAUUACAACGAGGACCGACAGAAGAAGAGAACAAGAGAGAUUUGUCGGAACCCAUAACAUCUCUGUAUUCUAACAAUUCUCAGAACCGUUUCCGACAAACCCACACUCACAUGUCAGCCACUGCUCUCCUGCAAAAAGCAGCUCAAAUGGGAUCUACCAGAAGCAACAGUGGGUUAUUUGGGUUAAUGAGCUCGUCCCCUUCAACAAUCUCCAGCCCUAAUGGUGACCACAACAAGUUACUGAGUUCAUUGUCUUCAACUCAAUCAACAAUAGGUGAUUUAAACUCGAGCUCAAAGCUGAAGACGAAUGCAAAUGAGGUCGAAGCGAGCUUAACAAGGGACUUUCUUGGUGAGGGAAAUGAAUCGAGCAGACAAUUGUUCUUCCAACAAGAGCUUGCCAAGUUUGCUUCAAUGGGCUCAGUUCAGCCAUGGAGUUGAUGAUUGGUUACAGUUAAAGUGCUUUGUGGGACUAGAAAGCUAGUUCAAAGGUGGUUAAUUGAGCUGGAUGAUGGCUUAAUGAAGGGAAAAUGAAGCAGGAGUGUGUCAACUCGGGAGUCUUGUGAUCCAUGGGACCAGUCGACUGCGUCCUGAAAGGGACUCAAGGGAAAGAGACAAUGCAGUGUUUGGGCCCUCCAUGCAACGUAGAGUUUUUAGUUUUCACCUUCUUAUAUAUUUAUAAUUAUUUUGUUGAAAGUUUUUACUUUUAGUAAUUUUAGUUUUCAAUUUGC